GGAACGGGCAUUGAUGACGAUGAGGAAAACAAAGAGGAGGAGCCGCCAGAGAACAGAAUAGAGGUAGAGAUACCUCGUAUUGUCACUGACCUUGGCAGCUCAUUACAUUAUGUCAAGUUACCCAACUUUCUCAGUGUGGACACCAGGCCGUAUGAUGGAGAGACUUAUGAAGAUGAGGUUGAUGAAGAUGAGGUGCUGGAUGAGGAGGGUAGAGCUCGUCUGAAACUGAGAGUAGAAAACACAAUUAGGUGGCGUAAAAAGCUGGACCAGGAAGGAAAUGAGAUAAAAGAAGACAAUGGGCAAGCGCAGAAGGAGAGUAACGCCCGUAUUGUGAAAUGGUCUGAUGGCAGCAUGUCCCUACAUUUGGGAGAUGAAAUCUUUGAUGUGUACUCGAUGCCACUACAAGGAGAUUUCAACCAUCUCUUUGUUCGUCAAGGAACAGGGCUUCAGGGACAGUCUGUGUUUAAAACAAAGCUCGUCUUCAGACCUCAUUCCACGGAAUCUUUCACCCAUCGAAAGAUGACCAUGUCUCUUGCUGACCGCUCCACCAAGACUCAGAAGGUGAAGAUCCUGCCUAUGACUGGCCUGGAUCCAGAGGCUAACAGGAGUGAAAUGAUCAAGAAAGAAGAAGAAAAACUGCGGGCGUCCAUCAGACGAGAAAGUCAACAGAAACGAACCCGAGAGAAAAGCCAUGGUAGGGGCCUCACUGCCUCGUACCUGGAAGGUCGCGAUGAGGACGAGGAGGAAGAUGAUGAGUCCUUCUCCAUCAGUGCCAUCAAGAACAAGUACAAGCAGAAUAAAGACGCCAAGAGGGCAAACAUUUACUCCAGCGAUGAAAGUGAGGAGGAGAAGGAGAGUCGCAAGAAGACCAAGAGGGUGCUGAGUGACGAG